AUGAAGAUGUCGUCACCUAUCAGCAAAAUGGAUGUGGAUCGAGAGAAAUCACUAGACCAGAAGUCAAAGUCAUCUCGUAACCUAUCAACGGAAACCCUUCGCACUCGUCGUUCUCAUCGAUCUCGCUCCAGGGACAGAGACAAGGAGAGAGAUAAGGAAAGGCGCGACAGACGCCGCGAGCGCGACGAGCCUGAUGAACGACGCAAGAGGAGCCGCAGCCGGGAUAAGCGCGACAGAGACAGGUCUCGGGAAAAGUACAGAGAACGGGAUAGGGUGCACGAUAGAGAGAGGGAGCGUGAUAGGGACAAGGAUCGCGAGCGGCGCAGAGAGCGGGAUGGCGAGCGACACCGGGGCGACAGGGACAGCGGCGAGAGCCGUCAUAGUCAUCGCGAUCGUGACAAGGAUCGGGACCGCGAACGCGAACGCGAUGAUAGAGAGAACAGACGUAGAAAACGCGGCGACGAACUGGAGGAAGGUUUCGAUCUUCGUGACGCUGAAGAACGCGCUAAGAGGAAGAGACGCGACGAUGUACCGGAAGAGUCAUCUCUCCCUGCCCCGCCUCCUUCUGCAGGAUUGCCUCCCCCUCCUCCUCCCCUGGCAGAAAGCCCUCGCCGUCGUAGGGAUCGCUCACGGGAUGCUGACCGUAGGUUUGGUGAUAGACCUCCGCGACCUCCUCGUGACCCUCGCGAUGAAUUCGAUGAUGUUCGCUAUGGAGGAGACAGGGAGAAAGAGCCCGAACGUAGCCUUAAAGCAUCUCCUUUGGACGAUGGACCUUUGGAUCUUCCUCCUGAACGCCUAAGUCCCACUGCAGUGAGACGCCCAUCGCCUUCAUACGAGCUCCCUCCCGAUGAUCCCAUGAACGAUGAGUUCAGAGAGGACGAUUCCGAAGCCCGAUCUGUUUUUGUCUCUCAACUUGCAGCGCGGCUUACUGCGCGAGACUUGGGCUACUUCUUCGAGGAUAAACUCGGGGAAGGGACCGUUAUGGAUUCAAGAAUUGUAACUGACAGGAUAUCCAGACGCUCAAAGGGGAUUGGAUACGUCGAGUUUCGUUCUGUUGAACUUGUGGAUAAGGCUAUCUCCCUAAGCGGCACCGUCGUAAUGGGUCUUCCAAUCCAAAUACAACAUACUGAAGCUGAGCGAAACAAACUUCAUGCAGGCGAUGGCAACUUGAACCUUCCUCCUGGAGUCAGUGCUCCUCAUGGUGGCAUGCAAUUAUACGUCGGUUCUCUCCAUUUCAACCUUACCGAAUCCGAUAUCAAACAGGUCUUUGAGCCAUUUGGUGAACUUGAGUUUGUCGACCUUCACAGAGAUCCUAUGACUGGUCGCAGUAAAGGCUAUGCUUUCGUGCAGUACAAGCGCGCUGAAGAUGCCAAGAUGGCCCUCGAGCAAAUGGAAGGUUUUGAACUUGCUGGUCGUACUCUUCGCGUCAAUACAGUGCACGAGAAGGGCACUGCAAGGUAUACUCAACAAGAUUCUCUGGAUGAGGCCGGCGGCGGUAAUUUGAAUGCAGCAUCUCGUCAAGCGCUGAUGCAGAAAUUAGCUAGGAUCGACCAAGCACCUACUCGUCCUGAGCCUAUCAUGAAACCUAACAUUCCUCAGGCAAUGCAAUCUAGAUCUGUCCUGCUCAAGAACAUGUUCGACCCUGAGGAAGAAACUGAGCGUGAUUGGGACAAAGAACUUGCUGAAGACGUCAAGAGCGAAUGUGAAGGCAAGUACGGUCAUGUGGAGUUCAUCAAGGUCGAAAAGGAAUCUCAGGGCGAAAUCUACGUGAAAUUCGACUCCAUCGAAUCUGCGAAGAAUGCUGUUCAAGGUCUGAACAGUCGUUGGUUCGGUGGCAAUCAGGUCUCGGCUGCUUUCAUUUCAGAUGCCAUCAUGCAGGCCCACCAGUAA